UCACCAGCAUGGAGGCCUUCGAUACAUACAGGUGCCUGGAAACCUUCACAGAGACAAGAUCUUCCAAAUGGAAUCAAAGACCAUACCACGGACUGCAUUCGCUGUGACAAGGGGAGACUUCACUGCCAUCACUGCGCCAGCUCUGGUGGAAAAAAAUGUCUCAACUGUGGUCAGGUUGGUGCUCUUGCCAGCUAUGAAGGAACUUAUUUCUGCGCUAAGUGUCACAGAGUUGGCUCACCAAUCUGUUGGAAAUGCUCUGGCUUAGGCUGGACCAAGUGUGAUGUCUGCUUGGGCCAGGGAAAGGUUGUGGUCUCUAUCAGCCUCACCGUCCAAUGGACUAAUAACAAAGAAGAACACACCAUUGAACAGUCCAGGGGUUUAAAGAGGGCCAAACUGGACAAAGUGCCUUGGAAGGUGCUGUUCACAGAGUCUGGCAACAUGGUUCACCCAGUUACGAGUUUUCCAGACCCUACAGUGGUGUGUACUUCAGAGCGGCUGGUGAGGAAGCACCAAGCCAAAUAUGCUAAAAUGUCACGUAUUUUACAACAGCGUCAAACCAUAGAGUUACUUCCUAUAACCAAGGUGACCUAUACUAAUGGAGGUGAAAGUCGUGUGUUCUUUGUGUAUGGGAGAGACUUCAAAGUCGAUGCUGUUGAUUAUCCUGCUGCCUGCUGCAGCUGCUGCUCUGUGAUGUAA